AUGAAAUCCCUAACGCUGGCGUUGUUCUGGUACCUGGGUUUGGACGCAGACAUCAAGUUGGUAGCAAAGACUUGCAACACUUGUGCACAAGCGGCGUCUAUGACACCGGCGCAACCACCAGCUAUUUGGCCAGCUACGAGUGAGCCUUGGAGUCGCGUUCACGUUGACUUUGCGGGGCCAAUAGAGGGACAGAUGCUAGUGAUAGCCAUGGACUCGCACAGCAAGUGGAUAGAGGUUAUCCCCAUGAAUAUUACGUCAAGCGCCCGGACGAUUGUUGAACUGCGAACGCUGUUCAGUCGAUGGGGUUUACUGCGAACACUGAUCUCCGACAACGGACCGCAGUUCGUGAGUGAAGCUUUCCAGGAAUUCAUGAGCCGUAACGGUGUUGUCCACUUACGGUCGCCGCCCUACCUCCCACAGUCAAGUGGGUUGGCCGAGCGGGCUGUGCGUACUAUUAAAACCGGACUGAAGAAGAAUGUGAAGGGGACGUUGUCAACGCGACUAGCAAGAAUCCUGCAUAGCUAUCGCCGAACACCUCAAGUGCGGCAAGACACCGGCUAUGUUGCUGUUGGGAAGAGAAGUUCGUUCCCGUUUGGACAAUCUGGUGCCUGGCCCUAG